AUGGAAAGCUUCGAUUUCGACUGGCUCGACGGCAAUGAUGCUAUCAGUUAUGAAACCCCCGAAUACCUUCCCACCUCCGACGCUCCCAUAGACGCACCGACCGCGGAGCAGCCCAGCUCAAACACCGAACGAGUCAACUUCGAGCCACGACUUACAACCCUAUUGGAAGACAAGGAUAAGUUUCCAGCAGAUAAGCAUACGUGUGAAGAAACGAUUGUCGACAUAUCCAUCGAGCGAAGCCGUCAGCGCGGUCUCAAGAAGCUAUUCAAGGGCCUGGAGAUCGAUUGGGAUACCGUUAAUAGCCAUUUGGAAGGCCUUAGCGACUUGUUCAGCAAGAGAAGGAAAAUAACUCUUAGGGUGGAGCUUAUUUUUAAGGAAGCCAUUGGCGAUAGCGCGGCUGUGAAGAGCAAGAAGAAAGGCCAGAGCGCCACUGAGGCUCAAAAGCUUCAGAGAGCCGCCGAUGCUGGUCUGUGGACCCGAGUGUAUAGGCAUCAUCGCUGCGGAGGCAAGUUCUGCAAGCAAGGACCCCACUGCUGGAUUGACGAACGAGGAGACCACCAUAGGUUGCUGCCGAGCCACCUAGAAGACAUCUUCAAUCAUAUUAAAGGGAAUAUGAAGGAGGGUGAGAAAGAGGAGGAGGUUGAUGUGAACAUCGAGAUUCCAUCAAAAAUCCUUGGGGACAUACUGAACAAUAGUCGGAAGCGAAAGGCAGAGGACUCUGACGGCUGUCGUGGCUGUAAAGCCCAUGCCUCAUCUCAUGGUAGGCUUCGUGAUUCGGGCGAGGCAAGCUUGGGCGAGGACCCUGGAGAGAUUGAGGGUGACAGAAUGGAUAGACUCGAGGAGUACUGCGAUUGGACAUUGCGACAGGUUAGGAGCGAUAGAUGGAGAGAGGCUCUGCUAUUCGCGAAUCGGUUUGCGAUGGACCAGUUUCUUGAACUGAAUUCUAUCUUGAAACACCCAAAGGUGGCGGCGGGUUUGAUGGUAAAAGGCGGCGUGAAGCCAGGCAUUGCACUGCAGUUUGUGAGCAACAUCCACAAGUUCCGACAGGAGACAAAGACGCCUUGA